AUGGAUUUCCAAAGAAAUUAUACAAUAUAUGAUGAGUACAAGGCUGAAGAACUUGGAUAUAAAAAUAAAAUCUAUAGAAUUGCUCCAAAUGUUUCUUAAGAGAGUCAAAAUAUAUAAUAAAUUGCUCUAUAUAUUCAAAGAAAUUAAGUUAAUGAGAUGACUUUUAACAAAUACAAAAAUCUGAAAUUUUUAAACAUAUUACAACCAAAUAAGUAUUUUUGUUCUGAUUAUGAACAUUAUCUUUUAUAUUUUGAUUUUUUUAAUCAUCGCUUGAAUUAAGAGAAAUUAAAAAAUAUUAAUAAUUCAGAAGGAUACAAAAUUCUGCUUUAACUUGCUCUUAGUAUAUUAUUUUAUAUUUAUAUUUAGCAUUUGCUGAAUUUUAACGAAGAAAUUUUAAUUGGCCAUUAAACAUUAUUGAACAUGUUUAUUAUAUUGAAGGAAUUGUUCAUUUAUCAUUAUUAGAAUACGAUUUCAAUUAUUUUGAUUAACCUUAAGAUUCUCUCAUUAAUUUCAAGAAUUUUAUUUGGAGAUAUUUUAUUCCAUAAUUCCAGGAUUUAAGAUAAUAUUUGAAUGUGUAGAAUUUUAAAGAGAUAAUUGAUUAUUUAUUUGAAAAAAAUGGAAAAAUCCAUUAAUAAUCUUUUUUGGAUCCGGAAUAUGAAAGAUUGCUUAAGUAUUUAUUAUAAGUUAAUCAAAUGAAUUUAAUAUAUAGUGGAAACUGUAUUGUAAAGACCUUUACUAAACCAAAUGUCUUUUCUUAUAAUUUUCCUAAUUUAACAAAUGAAAUAGUUUACAAAUAAACAAAAAUAUUUGGAAACGAUAUAGAUCGAUAAUAAAUUUUAAAAUAAAUAGACAGAGAUAUUGAAUUGAUGGAGUUAUUUAAUAAUGAUGAUAAUGUAGCGGUGUGCUUUACAUAUUUUCGAGUUUAAAAUUUCGUGUUUUUACUUUCCAGAAAAUUUGCUGGAACAUUGGCUCAAGGAUUCAAGAUUUGGCCAAAAAAACAAUAAACAGUUGAAUCAAUACGAAAAGAUGUAUAUACAAUUGCAGCAAGAGCUGCUAAAUGUAAAUUUAUUUUUUAUCAUCAUAGCAUUAAUAUGCUUACAUCAGAAAAAUAUAAUUCAUCGAGAUCUAAAGCCUGAAAAUAUUUUUAUAGAUAAUCAUGAAAUUAGUUUAUGUUAAGCCUAUGUUGCUGAUUUUGAUUGUUCUAAAUAAAUUUAAGAUGGAUAUAAUGUGGAAUAGACAAAACAAGAUAGUUGCUAUACUUAAAAAUAUGAUCCUCCUGAAACUAAUUAAACUUUAAAAUAUGAUAUAUUCUAGUUUGGUUUAAUUAUUUUGACAGUAGCAAAUUUAGGAAAAUAUAUCGGAGAUGAUAGAGGACCAAGAAAUUUAAGAGAAGAAGAGUUUAAUAAUUUUUAUAGUAGAUAGGCUAUUGAAAAUAGUUUAUCUUCAAUAAAUUAUGCGAAAGACUUUCUAGAUAUUUUAGCUAAAUCCUUACUUAGAGAUCCAAAUUAAAGACCUGAUAUUUAAGUUCUUUAUGAUUGUCUAAACGGCCUUAAUAUAACAAAUAAAAUUAAAAUAGUUAAAUCCAAUACUCAACUAUUUGAAGAACCAUCAAAUGUUCCAAUUUUAAAUUAGGAAUCUGAUACUGAUUAAUAGUAAAACAGAUAAAGAAUGCCUACUUAUUAAUAGCCAGGCUAAGCUAAUACCAAUAAUUAUAGUAAAAUUAAAAUUUUGAAUGGUAAUUAAAAAUUCCCUUCAAAUUAACCUCAGCAAUAAGUUUACACAGAUGUAAAUACGCAAUUGAUAAAAUCACAAAGUUAAAAAUGUAUUUAGAAUAAUUAAAAUUAAAAAAUCGAUGAUUCAAAUCAAUAAUCUUAAUAAUUCCCAAAUUAGAAUCAAUAAUUUUAAUAAUUCCCAAAUUAGAAUCCAUAAUUUUAAUAAUUCCCAAAUUAGAAUCAAUAAUUUUAAUAAUUCCCAAAUUAAAAUCAAUAAUUUUAAUAAUUCCCAAAUUAAAAUCAAUAAUUUUAAUAAUUCCCAAAUUAAAAUCAAUAAUUUUAAUAAUAUCAAAAUUAAAAUCAAUAAUUUUAAUAAUACCAAAAUUAAAAUCAAUAAUUUUAAUAUAACAGUAAUUAAAUUCUAUAAUACCAAAAUUAAAAUCUAUAAUUUAAUCAAUAAUACCAAAAUUAAUAUCAAUAAUGUUAAUAUAGCCGUAAUUAAAAUCAAUAACUCUAAUAAAACUAAUUCUAAUAGAAAUGA